AUGCGUCGCGCUAUCAAUACACCUGAAGACAAUUCCCGCGUGUUUUAUCUUCCCCAUCACGGUGUAGUUCGCGACAGCAGUUCAACAACAAAGUUGCGUGUCGUGUUCAACGGGUCUCAAAGAACCAACCUCGGACUCUCUCUCAAUGACAAUCUUCUCGUCGGUCCAAAAGUGCAAACCGACCUCGCGGACGUUCUCUUACGCUGGCGACAAUAUCCAGUCGCGUUCUCAUCAGAUAUCGUCAAGAUGUACCGACAAAUUUUGGUCCACAAUGAUGACCAAGAUUUUCAGCGAAUCCUCUGGAGGGAAGAACCAGAGCUACCGAUUGAAGAAUAUCAACCGACUACGGUAACGUACGGUCUUGCAAGCGCUCCGUAUCUCGCGAUCCGUGUUAUCCAUCAACUCGUUCAGGACGAAGGUAAGCAGUAUCCCUUUGCGAGCCACGUCAUUCUCGAGAACACGUACGUCGACGACAUCCUUUCAGAAGCAGAGGACGUUGAUCAAGGUCGCGAGAAAAUCAACGAACUCAAUCAAUCGCUCAAGGCGGGCGGCUUUGAACUUCAAAAGUGGACUUCAAGCCACCCAGAAACUCUCGUUGACAUUUCUCGAAACCAUCAAGAGAUCGCGAUGCAUCUGAAUCUCGAUCAAAGUCCAUUCUUUCGGGCUCUCGGUCUUGCGUGGAGACCAGACAUCGACGCGUUCGCGUUCUCUCCGCAAAUUCAUCAAACUCGGGACAAUUUCACGAAACGAAAAGUUCUCUCACAAACUGCGCAGCUCUUUGAUCCUCUCGGAUGGCUCUCGCCGUUCACGAUCAGAGCCAAAAUCUUUAUGCAGGAAUUGUGGGCACUCGGUUUCGACUGGGACGAGCCGCUCUCAACUUCAUUAUCCUCGCGAUGGAUCGAGUUUCUACAAGAUCUUCAAGGCAUCUCAGCUAUCACCAUCCCACGAUGGAUCGGGUCAAGUUCAGCAUCUCUCGGGAUAGAGAUCCACGGUUUCGCAGAUGCCUCUCAAAGUGCAUUAGGCGCAGUGAUCUACGCGCGAACGUAUAUCAACACUCACGAAGUGCGCGUUUCACUAGUGUGCGCGAAAACUAAAGUAGCGCCGCUAAAGAAGGUGACAAUUCCUCGUCUCGAACUCUGUGCCGCGAAUCUUCUCGUCCGGUUAAUGUGUCAUGUGGAAAAGACUCUUGAUUUCAAAAACAUCCCGGUUUAUCUGUGGACGGAUUCCACAGUCGCGCUCGCGUGGAUCAAAAGCCACCCAUCGCGGUGGAAGGAAUUCGUUCCUAAUCGCGUAACGGAAAUCCAAGAGUUCGCGCGCGCUCGUUGGUAUCACAUCUCGGGUUUUGAAAACCCCGCUGAUCUUGCGUCUCGUGGUACAUCUCCGGAGCAACUUCAAAAAUCAGAACUUUGGACCUUCGGACCAUCCUGGCUCUCGAAGCCUUCUGUCAAUUGGCCAUUCUUAUCCCCGCGACCGGAAGAAAACAUUCAUCUUGAGGAAAGAAAAGAGCUGUCGACGCACAUCGCACAGCUAAGCCGCUACAAAUCUGGGAUCUCGUCGAUCGCUACUCAAAACUAUCGACUCUCCUCAAAGUCACAUCAUUGUGUAAACGCGCAGCAAAUCGGUUCCUCGCAAAGACGACAUCGAAUCGCGUAA